GUUCAUCGUCAGUAUCACUUUAUAAACGUGAAGAAGACCUGGACUGAAGCUCAGAGAUACUGCAGAGAGAAUUACACAGAUCUGGCCACCGUUGACAACAUGAACGACAUGAUCGAGCUGAAGAAGAGUGUGAAUGAUGGAGGUGUUCUGUAUAUCUGGAUUGGGCUGCAGAAAACGGGUGUUGAUAAAUGGCAGUGGUCUACAGGUGAUCCUGCGCUCUAUCUGAACUGGGGACCUACACAACCUGAUAGCAGAGAGGAUUGUGGUUUAAUGUUAAAUGGACAAUUUCAUGAUUAUUCAUGUAAUAACACCCUGACUUUCAUCUGCAGUUCAUCUAACACCACGAACACAGGACUCGUCUUUGUCAAUCAGACGAAGAAUUGGAGAGACGCUCAGAGAUACUGCAGACAGAAUCACAUUGAUCUGGUCAGUGUGAGGAACCAGAGUGAGAAUCAACAGGUUGAGCAGUUAAUUAGUGAUAAUCACUUAUCUGGAUCACCUGUCUGGAUCGGUCUCUUUAGAGACUCAUGGCAGUGGUCAGAUCAGAGUAACUCCUCCUUCAGAUUCUGGGCUCUUGGUGAACCAAAUAGUUUUCAAGUUUAUGAAUUCUGUGCAAUGCUCAAUCCGAACACUCAGGGCCAAUGGGAUGACAUCACUUGCAGACAAGAAUAUCCUUUUGUGUGUCAUGAAGAUAAACUGAUCCUGAUCAGAGAGAAUCUGACGUGGCCUGAAGCUCUGAGAUACUGCAGACAGAAUCAUACGGAUCUGGUCUCGGUUCAUUCAGAAGAGAUGCAGCGUCGUGUGAUGAAUGUGGUUAAACGGGCGUCUACUGAGGCGGUGUGGUUGGGUUUACACAACUACUGCAGCAUGAACAUGUGGCUCUGGUUGAGUGGAGAGAUCGUGUGCUAUCAGAACUGGGCUCCAGGAAAUGGAACGACACCGGAAGACUGCCGCCUCGAGAAGAGAAAAGGAGCAGUUCAGUCUGGAGGAGAUCAGCGCUGGAUCAGCCUUCCUGAAUCUCGCAAACUCAACUUCAUCUGCAGAAAUUAUGAGUGAGAAGACGUGAAUGUUUGUGUGUUUACUUACAUUCACUGUUUUCAUUAUCCACUAUUUUUCUUAUUCACUUUCAUUUGUUUGAUUUGUUCUCUGAGUGAAUCUACUAAUUGUGUUUUAAAAGUCUGUUAUAUUUCUGUUUGUUAAUUAUCAUGACAUAUUAAUGUCAUCUUAUCGAAGUUUUCUAACACCAAUGAUUAAUAUUCUUUAGAUGCCUAAAAUACUAACACAAUAUAUGUUUAUUUAAAGGGAUCAUGAACUGCGUUGUUUUAUAAUGUU